AUGCGCGCGCGCGCUACCCUAUUCUCGCCUCUUCCUCUUGUCCCGCUCGUUCGCAUGCCUCGCCUCUGCACCUCCCUUACACUUGCGCACGCGUCUUCCCAUCAGCGCCCGCGGUUGUCCCAGCAGACGUGCGGACAGCAGACGCGCGCCACUCAAUACCGCUCCUCGCCUGUGUUUCUUCAUCCUGCAAUACACGGGGUGGUCGGGGGUCACUUGUUGCAGCCUGUGGUUGUCCCAGCAGACGUGCAGCCAGCAGACACGCGCCAUUUCACACUGCUCCUCGCGGCUCACUCGCUUGUCACUCCUGCUGCCUCGAUUCCAAAGCGCCUCUGGUUGUUCUUGAACCUGCAAAAGGAGGGGGGUUGGUGGGUGUCUCCGGUCGACGCCUGUGGUUGUCCCCGCAAACGUGCAGCCAGCAGACACACACGUGCACGUCCCCCGCACCCGCCCGCGAACUCUGGUUGUCCCGCUCGCUCGAUUUCAUUCUUCACCUCCCUUCACCUCCGCACGCGUCUUCCCAUCAGCGCCUGCGGUAGACCCAGCAGACGUGCAGACGGCAGACGCGCGCCACUCAUUACGGCAGUCUCGCCCCGCGCGAGAUCACCUCUCAACCCCUUCGUGUCUUGCCAUCAGCGCCAGCAGUUCUUUAACGAACAGGCAGCCAGCAGACACGCGACCUCAUGCAGACCAUUUGCUUCUCGACCUGCAAACAAAAUGGGGGAUGGUGGGAGUCUUCCAGCAGACGUGCAGCCAGCCGACUCGCGCCACUCGCUACAACCGCUCCUUUCCCCACGCGCGUCCACCCCUCGAGCCCGCACCCUCGUGUCUUCCCAUCAGCGUCUUCCCAUCAGCGCCCGCGGGGAUUGGCGGGUGUGUCCUCUGCUGCAGCACGCGCUUUUCCCCCGCAGACGUGCAGCCAGCAGACACACGCUCUUCGCCCCACGCGCGUUCACCCCUCGAGCCCACACCCGCGCCCUCGUGUCUUCCCAUCAGCGCCCACCGUGGCUGUUUAACGGACGUGCAGACAGCAGACACACCCACCGACUCCCAUCCAACGAGUUUGCUUCUUUGCUUCUCAGCCUGCAAGGGGGUUGGCGAGUGUCUCCCGUCACCGCCUGCGGUUGUCCCAGCAGACGAGCAGCCAGCAGACACACGCAACUUGUCACAGCCGUCGCCUGCGCGUUCACCCCUCGAGCCCACACCCGCGCCCUCGUGUCUUCCCAUCAGCACCCGCGGCUGUUCAACGGACGUGCAGACAGCAGACACGCAGCCUCACAUCCAACGCGUUCGCUUCUCAACCUGCACGGAAAAAGGGUUGGCGAGUGUCUCCCGUCGCCGCCUGCGGUUGUCCCAACAGACGUGCAGCCAGCAAACACGCGCCAAUCAAUACCGUUCCUCGCCCCACCCUCGUUGGUCACUCGUGCUCGCUCGGCCCGUGCCCCUUCUCAAAUGCCCCUCUGGUGGUCUUUCAAGAUCCUGCAACAAAGAAGGGGGUGUCCUCUCCUGCAGCCUGUGGUUGUCCCAGCAGACGUGCAGCCAGCAGACACGCGCCACUCGAUCCCGCUCGCGUUCGCCCACACCCGUUCUUCUCUCCCUCGCGUUCGCCUGGAACCCGUUUUAGCACAGCCGCCACAGAGCCACCGGUUUUAA